GUUGAUGUUAACCUUUACCGGUGAGGUGCUUUGACGUCUCUAGUUGGAACAUUCAGGCUACGUGUAGACAUUUUACUUGAAGCAUGAAGAUUUGGUGCUUUCUUAGUGUAUUAUUACUUGUGGUGUGCACAGUAUAUUGUGAUGAUGAUGGGGAUGACAAAAAACCCAAGAAGCUACAGAUAGGUGUCAAGAAAAGGGCUGAAGUAUGCCCCAAAAAGUCGCGGAAAGGUGACACACUACACAUGCAGUACAGGGGCACUCUUCAGUCCGGUGAAGAAUUUGACAGCAGCUACAGCAGGAACCAGCCGUUUGUCUUUACACUUGGAACAGGGCAGGUUAUCAAGGGAUGGGACCAGGGUCUAUUGGGAAUGUGCGAGGGAGAGGAGAGAAAGCUAGUUGUCCCUUCAGACAUGGGCUAUGGUGCUAGAGGAGCCCCACCAAAAAUACCUCCAAAUGCAGUUUUAGUUUUUGACGUGAAACUAGACAAGAUUGAAAGGCAUGGGGAGUUGUAAUGAUGGAAGACUCUAGUGCAAUCACAUCAUUACUGCAUUUGACUGUGUUGAAGGAUAUUCAUUUCACUAUAAUAGGUUUCUCAUGUUGUUCAUAAUGUAGAUAACUCAUGUAUGUUAUAGGACACUUACUCAAGGAAUUGUUUCUUUUCUGUGGCAUAGCCAACUGACUUAACCUUGCCACUCAUCCCACAGUUUCACCUAGCAAAACAAAAACCACAUCCCUUUUCUAUGUCAGCCAUCAAAUGGUAUGAAAUAAUUAUCUACCUAGCUACCAACGCACUUAAAAAAAAUAUUGUUGAGCCCUAAUAUCACAAAAAUACUAGAGUCAAUUUUCAAUCUCAACUCAUUGUACAGCAAAGCAAGAUUCAUAUCAUACAUGUCUUCCUCUUGUUAAAGCACCACCUCGCAUGGAUUAUGAUAUUGUUUGUUAUUUACAUACAGUCAUUAUUUAUGCAUGAAAGAGUACAACUCAUUAUAUUUUAGCAAUUGCUCAAGUAAAUUUUAUGCUCUAUUGAAGCCAAGCCACUGCAAACAAACAAUAUUAAGCUACUUUGCUAAAUUGGUUUAACAUGAUCUCUUAAACCUUCGGACAUGGAAUGCUGUUGUGCCAAAUGUUCAUAGAACAAAGAAAAUCAUUAAGAAAUUUCAAAUGUCCUGUGUAUUGAAUGGUUCCAUUUUCCAAAUAAGAGCAUUAAAAAUGAAAUGAGCAACCAAAUCUUUAGUUGUGUCCUUGUUCAAGAGUGGCGGAAGGGGCAUCUUGUCAAAGAGUGUAGUACAACAGAACGUAAGAUCACAAAUUUCAGUUGAAUACUUAGCCAGUGCCAGAAAUAUAAAACAGUUUUCUCUUGUUCUUCCAAACGAUUUGUAUCAAAAAACAUCUCGUCACAACCAAAGUAAAGCAUUCUUGAACUUGAUCGUACGAUCUGAUAAAUAUAAGAUGGUCCCUUUAUCAAUGCAUUAUUUAAUUUUCUGUGCUCAAGAGUGUACGUUAAAAACUGAAUAAUUGAUUUCAUGCAUAAUAAUUGAUUUAAUAAUGUAUAAAUGACGGUUUGUUAUAUUGUUUGAAUGGUUUUCAUCACUGUGUUUGUUAUUUCAGUGAGAAAAUGUUCUUUCAAAAUUAAGUGCUGUUUUUUUAUUAUACAAAAUCUUUUACCAACAUGUGUGUUAUUUCAUUGAGGAAUCUGUAUUAGUGUUAUUUCGUUGAGAAAAUAUGUACAAAUGUUAUUUCAUUGUGAAAAUAUGUAAGUCUUAAUUCAUUGAGGAAAUCUUGAUUUAUGGUAUUUGUUUUUGAAGAUCUGUACUUAUAUUAGCAUUUCUUUAUUGAGAACAAUUGUACUGAUGCUAAGAACAUAUUUUUAAAAGGGAUUUUACAAUGUUACUGUAUGUUUUGAUUCUGAUUUAUGAAGGUUUAAGAGUUUGUUUCUUUUAUAACUGUCUUACUAAAUGUUAACUAUUUGUUGCCCUCAUUGUCUUACCUUGUAUUUAAUAUGCACACGUGCACAAUGUAUUGUAAGGCUUUAUUGGAAAUGUGAACAAAACAACGAUUUGAUGUAUGGACUUAUUUCUACAAAAUUAGGGUGUAAACCAUGUUAUGAAAUCCAAAUUGUGUGCUUAAGAACUUGUUGUGUAUUGUUGUGUUGAGAUAUUUUUACAUCACAUUUUGACCUGUAAGAAACUUGCAUUAAAAAGUAUUGAAUUAUUGAUUAUUUGUCUUAGAUUUUAGCAUUGUCUUGAAAUAUUUUGAUGGAUUUUCAUGUCUGUAUUAUUAAGAUCAAAUAACAAUGUUUUUGUAAUGUCUUGUAAGUAAUAAAAAGUAUAUCCUAUA